GGAAGCGUUCCUGGUGCGAGGGCCUCCGAGGGCUCUCGGGCGUCGUCUGCGCUGCUUGGUUUCCUCGUCUGUGAGGCCUGGUUUUAUUGCAAGGAUUGAGAUGACAUCAAAGCACCUGACAGGUUGAUUUGCUCCACACAGAGGAGAGGUUUCCCAAGCAGUACCGAGAGCCACCAAGGCCACACCUGGAAGUUCUCUGGACGCCGGGUGGUACUGUGGAUCAAACCAGAGGCCCCGUGCUCCAGCCACUUGAACUCUCUUCCCAGCCCCUGGUCCCCUUUCCUACCACUCCACACAGCUUAUCAGAAAACCGUUGGAGAAAACACCGCGCAGCUCUGAAAAUGUCUGACAAGGACCACAUAGUCGCCAGAGCCUCCCUGAUUGAGCAGCUCAUGGCUAAAGGGAAUUUUGAGGAUCUUGGCACCCCCCUGACUGAGUUACAAACAGUUCACAUGACCAGAGAGCACCUCCAGGAGACACAUGUGGUCAGGGCUGUGUACACAGUCCUCAAAAGCUGCCCGUCAGCGGCCUGGAAGAAGAAAGCCAAGUGUUUGCUGGCAGAAUGGAAAGCGCUUUACAAACCACGGCAUAGCCCCAAACCGUUGUGUCCAGAGGGAAAUAAAGAGGAGAAUUCAGCACUUUCUCAGGAGCCCAGGCAGGAGGGGCUGCCCGGCGUCUCCUGUUCGGCCUGUCUGCUCUCAGCCCAGCCGGUUGCUGCGGCCAAAGCUGCUGAAACAGUCACGCCUGGUCACAGCGUUGGCCAAACGCAGCCUAAGCUAGAGCAGCCGAGGGCUGGUGAGUCGCUGUCCAUGGACCAGGGAGGCAGUGAGCUGCCGGACCCCGCGGUUGCUGUGAGAACUAAAUGCACAGACCUUCUCUCUAAGGCUUUAGCAAGUUCUUCGGCAGUCCAGCCCCCGGCUGCCGGCUGGCAGCCCUUUGCGCAAGAAAUUGAAGAGCACAUUUUCGCCCGGCAUUCGAAGGACCUCAGGAAGUAUAAAGCUUGCAUCCGCAGCAAAGUGGCCAAUCUGAAGAACCCCAAAAACUCGCACCUGCAGCACAACUUGCUCUCUGGGACCACGUCUCCCAAAGAGUUCGCCGCAAUGACCAGCCUGGAGAUGGCCCACCAGGAGCUGCAGCGGCUGCGUGCCUCCUACACCGAGGCCGGCAUCCAGGAGCAUGCCCUGCCCCAAGUCGGGGAGGGCACCCAGACGAGGAAGAUCAAAUGCAGGCGCUGCGAGCAGUUCAACUGCAAGGUCACUGCAAUCGCCCGAGGGGCACUCUUCCUUCCCAGCUGGGUGCGGAAUGCCAACCCCGAUGAAGAAAUGAUGACCUAUGUUAUCUGCAAUGAAUGCGGGGAGCAGUGGUACCAUAGCAAGUGGGUGUGCUUGUGAGCAACGUGUUUCUUUGCCGCAGGGAACCAGGCUGACCCCUUGCGUGUCUACCCCCUUCCCUUCCCUGAGUGGUUUCUCUGGUGCUGACCUGGGGUCUCGCACACUGGGCCGCGGUACUUGCCAGGGUCAUGCUUCUUUAGCUGCGGUGUUUGUGCUUGCACAGCCCUGGCUGUGGUGUGUCUGGAAGUCUCUUGCACCGCCGGACAUCACAGAUAGGAGAGUGGCCCAUGCACGCAGGAACCCUGGGGAUCAGACUCACGGCCUCACAUUUGCAAGGCAGAUGCUUUUGCCACCGCACCAUCUCUUCGCCCCAUAUUUGAGACAUAUUUUCUUCUUGGCAGUGCCAGGACUCAAACCCAGUCCCUGGUCUUACUCGCCACCCUUAGUGCAAUCAAAGCAGGAAAAAGGAGAGCGCCCACUGCAGUCACUAAAAGUUGGUCAUUUGGGAAGAGGCGUGAUCAUUCCGAUUGUGCCUUGUGAUCACUGAGUACUUUGCCAAGCUCAUGGUGUAGCUGCGAACAACUCAUUAUGACCUUGGGGUCUGGAAGAAAUGUCGGUCCUCGGGCCCUAGCCCGUGAAUCCUGCUCUGCCGCUUGGCACGAUCCCCAGGUGAGCCCCUUCAGGAUGGAUGGCGGAGCCCCGCUUUAGCAAUAGGCCUGUGCUUUGAAGCACUGGCUGGAUAUUAGAGUCCCCUGGGGAGUUUUGGGUGGGUUGUUUGGGGGCCUACACCUGCGGCACUCAGGAAUUACUCCUGACUGUCUUCAGGGAUCACUCCUGGCAGGGCUUGGAGACCCACCAAGUAUGGGUGCUAGGGAUCGAACCUGGGUCUGAUGUGUACAAGUCAAGUGCCCUCUCCACUGUAGUAUCCCUCUAACCGCUCCCUGGGGAGCUUUGAGCACACACAGAUGUGUUCAAGGCCCACCUCCGAGCAACUCCCACAGGACCUGCAGGAUGCAUCCCACACCCCAGCAUUGCUCUGGAGUUUCCUCAACCUACUGUCACAUGUAGAGUGGAGAACGACCGGCAGAUCGCCUCACUGGACCCUUCUCACAGCUCUGAAAAAGGAGAGUUCUGCUGUUCACUUUACAGAGUAAUAAACAGGUCCAAGCCCCGAAGCCAUGAAGAGCCCCUCGUAAAUGGCACCCAGAUUUCCUUCCUUCAGCAGUCACCGUCCAAGGCUUCUUCAGGUUUGCUUCCAAGGAACACGUUCCUGGAAACACGGGGCUAAGUGGAUCAUGUCCAUCAGCGAGGCCACUGGGGAACCAGACCCUCCCAGAUUGAUCUGGCCUACUGAGCCCCUUUCAAAGAUAUGACUCAGCACCCCCUUGCCUUCUUUAAACAGAAAUUGCCCCCCUCCCCGCCCCCACCUUUCCAGACCUCCUGCAAGACAUUGUUGCUCACUUUGGGAAACAUUGGGCUAACCAGAAGUUUAUUUUCCCCUUGAGCCUGGAAAGUUGCCCCACAAUUGCAUCUCACAAGCAGAUUUUUUUCUGGUCCUGGCUUAACCAAAGUUCUGUACUUUCUCAUUGUUGUUUUCUUCCUAUAAGUUCUCCAUUAUAUAUAAACUCUUUUUUAUGGUACUAAACAACUCAGGGCCUCCUACUUUAUCCUUGACCUUUAGUACUGUUGAACUGUGACUUUCGGUUGCUGCUGUGGGGGAGAAUGCAUGUUCUCAAGCACAGGUGAUGCAAAUGUGUGUUAGGUUUCUAGAGAAGCGCCUCAACGCCCCCAUGGCUCUCUAGCUGACAUCCUGACGGUUAAACUGACAAGAUAGCGAGGGACAAGAGCAAAGCACUUAUCAACACAAGCAGGAUAAACUCAGUUUAUGUAGGGGUGGGAAAUUCAAAGUAUAUUAAAGACCUUGAUAUUUGGGCACCAGAGUGAUAGUACAGUGGGUAGGGCAUUUACCUUGCACGCUGUCGACCCAGUUUAAUCCCCAGCAUCCCAUAUGGUCCCCCACACAUCGCCAGGAAUAAUUCCUGAGCUUUGCCGGGUGUGUCUCCACCCUGCCUCCCAAAGAACUUUGGCUUGAGGCUGGAGCGAUAGCACAAUGGGUAGGGUGUUAGCCUUGCAUGUGGCCGACCCGAGUUUGAGUCCCAGCAUCUCAUACAGUCACCCCGAGCACUACCAGGAGUAAUUCCUGAGUGCAGAGCCAGGAAUAGUGCCUGUACAUUGUAGGGUGUGACCCAAAAAGGCAAAAAUAAAUAAAUAUUUUUUAAAAGAACUUUGGCUUAUGUGUGUCCUAACAACAAUACAUCGGUGAAAAUAACAAGAUAAUGAAAAGAGCUUCAUUCGGGCUUUGGGGAGGGCGCACACAGUGAAAAGGUCUCCAGAAGGGGCAGCUGAUGGGAGGAGUCCAGGUGACUUGUGUGGACCCUUAGUCUGCUUCACCUCCAGUGAUCAGUUGGCUCCUACCCUGCUGGUCUGGAAUUCUCAAGGACAGACACUUCUGUUCCAGGUCGAGGCGAGGAGAGAGGGCAGGCAUACAGCCUGUGUCUGCUUCCUCUCAGUUGUCUCCAGCUACCAAGGAUCCUUCCUCCAGAUUGAAAUAUUUAGGGGCGGAAUAUUCUGAACUCCUUCAGGUCUGGAAGUCCAAUUGUGCUCAUGUUAACAACCACUAAAAAAAAUUGAUGUGUUAGAGGAUGUUUUUCACCUCAGUCCUUUCUCUAAGGAACUAAAGAGGAAAGUACUUCUUUGAAGCCUUAGUUUAACCAAUUUUGUUGAAAAAAAUCAAGCCUUCUAUGAGACUUCCACUUAAUUUUUGUCAUCACUGUCAUCACUGUCAUCCUGUUGCUCAUCAAUUUGCUUGAGCAGGCACCAGUAACGUCUCUCAUCAUGAGACUUAUUGUUACUGUUUUUGGCAUAUCGAAUACGCCACGGGCAGCUUGCCAGGCUCUGCCGUGCAGGCACGAUACUCUCGGUAGCUUGCCGGGCUCUCUGAGAGGGGCGGAGGAA